AUGAAUCGAUCCGUUAAUUUCAACCGCACCUUGGAUGACUACAAACGUGGCUUCGGAAAUUUCCUUAUUGGUGAAUUUUGGCUCGGACUUGACAAGAUCUACCGUCUGACACGAAAUGAGCGAGAAAACAAGCUGCGAGUGGACCUUGGAAGGAGAGACAUCAAAACUGUUUACGCUGAGUACGCGAGAUUUGCCAUUGGGGACGAGAAUAGUAACUACACACUAAACCUUGGCAAUCUUUGGGAUAAGACUGUCGACAGAGACUCCCUUACACCCCAUAAUGGCACCAAGUUUGGCACCGCUACUACACGUUGUAAUCUAGUAAGUGCUGGAGGCUGGUGGUACAAUGAAACGACAUGUUCUGGCCACUCCAACCUUAAUGGUGCUUAUGUGAAAACCGGAGACGGUAAAAUUCAUUGGGGAUUUCUAGAUUCCAACGAUGCUGAUUACGGCAGCACUCCCUCGACAUCUGAGAUGAAAAUAAGACAAGCAAAUUAUUCUUAA